UGCUGUGAGGAGGAAAUGCCAGCAUGGGGACAUGUGCCAUGUGUUGGUGGGGACUGGUUGAGAAGCAGCAGAGGACAGGCAAAUCCUGCAGCCCUAACAAUAGCAGCAGAUACACCAUCCUUGAUCCUUCUGUGACCCAACUGGAUUACUAAGAAAUGCAGAAUCCUCGGAAGGAAAUGAUAUCCCAGCUUCAUAACUUUUGUGCUGUAGGAGAUACUACUAAGCUGUUUGCGCUGCUUAGUCAUUCCUCUUCUAUAAUCAAUGAAACUGGUGAAAAUGGAUGGACUGCUCUAAUGUAUGGCUCUAGAAAUGGACACUUUGAUGCCGUGAAGAUGCUCCUGGAGAAAGGGUGUGACAAGUCAUUGGUGAAUAAAUCAAAGCAGACUGCAUUGGACAUUGCAAAGUUCUGGGGUCACAAGCACAUUGUUAACUUACUGUCUAAUUCAAAGGGAGGACCAAAACCUUAUUUUUUAACAGGUGCUGAAGAAGAACAUGAAAAUUAUUUUAGCACUUCAUUUUUGGAUAGAAGUAGUGACAAGAGGACUGACACCAACUGGUUAAAGUUAAAACAAACGCAGGAAAACUCUGUUUUCAUUAUUUUUUCAAACCUGUCUCCCUUGGUAGCAUUAAUUGGGACAAAGGAUAGUUCACAAGAUCCAGAAAUCAGACUUUGCAGACUGCAGCUGGAAGAUGUGAAGGAAUACUUGUCAAAACCAGAGGAAGUCUCGUUGAUUUUUCUUGGUGUUGAAAAACAAUUAAAGGAUGUUCCACGCUCUUCAGAGACUAAUAAUGACACUGGAAAGAAUGAAGAUGGAAAGGUAGCUUGGUUUGCCCUUAAUGUAGAAAGUCUUUCUGCUGAACCAUUUGAAAAUAAAUAUGAAGGUUGUUAUUUUCUCCAACCUCCAAUGCCAGCCUUGUUGCAGCUGACGGUCAAUGAAGCAGGAAUAUUAGCUCAAGCAAGAUCAGUGCUCGCCUGGCACAGUCGAUAUAAGUUCUGCCCAACCUGUGGCAGUGGGACAAUAAUUGAAGAAGGUGGAUACAAGAGAACGUGUAUUAAAGAAGAAUGCUCAAGUCUACGUGGUAUCCAUAAUACAUCAUAUCCAAGAGUUGAUCCCGUUGUGAUAAUGUUAGUUAUUCACCCAGAUGGAAACCAUUGCCUUUUGGGGAGACAGAAGAGGUUUCCACCAGGCAUGUUCUCCUGUUUAGCCGGCUUUAUUGAACCUGGGGAGACAAUAGAAGAUGCUGUUCGGAGGGAAGUUCAAGAGGAAAGUGGAGUAAAAGUUGGCCAUGUUCAGUAUGUCUCAUGCCAACCUUGGCCGAUGCCUUCAUCACUAAUGAUAGGCUGUUUAGCAGGCGCAAUAUCCACUGACAUCUGCGUUGACAAGAUUGAAAUAGAAGAUGCUCGUUGGUUUACUAGAGAACAGGUUGUAGAAGCUGUGAUCAAGGGAAGCCAUCAUGUUUUAACUGUCCCUCCAAGACACGCUAUUGCUUACCAGUUAAUAAAACACUGGAUUGGAAUGAAUGCUAAUCUUUAAAAUAUAUUAAUAUGCAAUGAGAAGGAAAUACAAAAGUAUGAGAUGAAUAAAAAAUUUAUUUAAUAAAUAAGCAGUACAAAUAUUUUAAUAAAGUACUAUGAAAUCACCUCUAGGUAAUUGGUUGCAUAGCAUAACAUCAAUGCUUAGAUAUUAGAUUUUCAAAUAACUAUAUGAUUUUCUCUCAGUUUUAUAUCUUCCAAUACAGUCUUAUAAUUGUAAAAAUAGUAUUUUGAGAACUUAAAUUAGCAAAAAGGUUUCAAUUGUGUUAUCCCCAAUGAACCCUAAAUAUAACCAUGCUUUUAAACACAUCUAUCCCAAAGUCCCACCAGACCCCACUCCCCUCUUAUUACGGUUAUCUGACUUAGCAAAUUUGGCCCCUCAUUGCAUUUACACCUACCUGACUCAGUGUAGGGGAGGGGUAUUGCAAAGAGCAGAGUUGGGUCUGUAGUGAGGGGUUGUGUUUAGGGACAGGGUAAUAAUCAUGGGACAAGGGAUAAUGAUCAGGGUUAAUUGUGGUGGAUAGACAAGUUUAAUUACAUACUUGCUAUAGAUGAAUGGUCACUAUUUGGCAAUAUUGCUGGGGGGUGCUAAGUCAUUAUGGUGGUGAGGUGUGGGGUUGUGGUUAGGGAUACUAAAAAAACAACAACAAUGUCCUCCAGCUUCUGAAUUUUAAAAUUAAUCUUUAUUGUACAAACAUGGGGCCAAACUAGCAAUAUUUUGAGCUAAUCCCUGCCCUUCAUCAUGCUUACCCAAUGAUAACCCCACCUGUGUUUAAAUAGUUUUGCAAAGUGCUACAAUCAUUCACGUUUUGGUGUUAUAUCACCACCUAGUGGUCAAACCGGUCAAAGCAUGUCAUUGUUUUUUUAAUUGUUUCUAUACAUUCAACAAUAAUACAAUGAUGCAAAAAAAAAAAAAAAUACAUAAUCUUAUAAAAAGGUUAAAAUCAGAUAAAAAAUUACAUGUUCAUAUUUGCAUUUAUCAAUUCAUAAACAAUCCAAAAUGUACUAAAACAACCAAAUUCAUGGUUUAUUCCCUUGGGUGUCAUUGAGUCUAAAUACUAAAUCUAUUGCAUUUCCCUUUCAUUUAACAUACUUUCUCUGUCACCACCCCUUCAAGGUAUUUUUAACCUUAAUUGUCUAAAACAUAAUUGGCUUUUAUUAUGUCCUUUCUCUAUGAAAUGUUCUGCAACAGGGACCUGUUUAUUUUUGCAACGUAUUUUAGAUUUGUUCUCUGUGAUUUUGUCCCUUACCCCAUUUGUUUAAACAUUUAAAAAUGUGUCUGUUGGACAUUUUUGUUAUAAAACGGACCUUUAGAAUAAUUAGGAGCUAUGUAAUGUAUGAAUGUCUUUGGUUACAGCAUAUAAAACCAAUCUAUAGCAGUAAUGGUUUUUAAACUCAAUUUCAGAGAUAAGAUAAGAUAAAAUAAACAACUCAGUGGAGCACUUUGUUUUCUGUUAUUAUGAAACUUAAAUUUUCAUAGUUAUUUGAGAUUUAAAAAAAAAAAUAAUAAACUUGAUUGUUACCCGCCA